AUGGUGAAUGCUGCUCUUCAACAGAUAUCUUUCUAUCUUGACUUGCGCAAGAUUAACUGUCGACUCUUACUGUCGACUGUGAAUGUUUGCAGAUGUUGGCUAACCUGAGAUCAGGCUCAAUUUCCGUUUUGCUUUGUAAUAACAUUCCGGCGGGCAAGGCGAAACGAAAACAGAUUUUAGCGGUAGCCGUUAGAGAGAAUGUAAUUGGGCCUGAUCUCACUUUGGAUGUUAGCCAACAGUACAAUACAUGUUCCCAUACAUGACGCUUCUACUAUGCAUGGCAACAACCUAAACAAUAUGGCGGGCGGUGUGAAGGAUCUCUUUUCCCUAAUACAUAAACUUAUCGCUUGAUUCACUUACUUAAUUUCAAGUAAUAGACGUCAUAGUUAUUGUUAUAGUUAUGCCGAAGAAAAAGGGAAAGAAGAAGGCAAAAAAAAAAUCAACUAAGUCCAGCGAUGAACGCCAAACGUCCAUGCAAGUUGGAGGCAUUCCAAACAGAACGAUGAUUCAACACAUGGCUUCAGAAACUCUCAGUGUUGCUGGCAGCAGUCGAGGCGGCAUUUCCUCCAGAGAAAGGGUAGGAAUUCGAAGUAAAUACGGAAUAGAGUAGUUCGCUACAUGACUGAGUAUUAUUUUUUUUCAUACCUGCAUGGUGCUCAUACAGGAUCUAGAAUAACCUGAGAUCAGGUCCAAUUUUAGCAGUUGUCAUACAUUCUCUCUUACGUGCUCCCGCUAAAAUUGGGCCUGAUCCAAAGUCUUACUAGCUUGUGCUCACUGUGACCAGAUUUUGGCCGCAAUGCUGAUUGGCUGUUCAUCGGAAGUUGAAAACGCUUAUUCCUCGCGUGGCUGAUAGCACUGAAAAAUCUUUGUGAAUGAUCUGCCGUCAGCGGAGAGAAGGAUUUUGCUGUCUUUUAUAUUGUUUUAUGGUCUUGUGGUAGGAAAAUAUGCCUUAAUAUGUGCCAUGGAAAUUCAGAAAAUUCAAAUGGUUGUCCAUAUCUUCUCAGGAUUUGCUUCAUUUACGGAACUAAUAUGAGUGUAUCGCGGAGUUGAAUCCCUCUGCAGGUUGUUGACCGCAAACAAGAUGCCUUUUGAUUUACCAACAAACAAGUGCAAGUCAAAAUACUGUCACCAUCUUAAAACUGGUUUUAACGUUUAGUCGGGAAUGACUUCUUUGAACGGGGUAGGCAAGCGUAGGCUCGCUGUGAAAGAAACCUCAAUCGACAGCUGUGAACCAUUAGACACAUUAUUAUUUAUUUAUUAUUAUUUUCUUGAACUAUUAUUAUUUAUUUUUCCUUUGAAAAAGUUUGCAAUAUACAGUGUAUUUCUCCAAGAGUUUUAAGUUUAUACACUGAAAAUCGAGGAAAAUUGCUGAGGAAAUAUAAAGUCAGCAGAAAAAUAGAAAUUUCACUAUUUUAAAAAUUGAGCAUGCCUAGCCAAAAUAUUAAAACUAGAACAUUGUGUCGCUGUCUUUUCGAAAACGUUUUACCUUCUAUGGCAACGGAAAUAACCUCUAAGAUCUUUACUCUCGUAAGAAGUUAAAUGUGAUUGUGGUGACUGUUUUAUUGUUAGUUGAAAAAAAGAUAAGACCUAUUUUUUUAGUCAGCGAGUCUACAUUUUUCCCACCUAUGGAAAAUUUGCAUACUGAAAAAAAGCAUGCAACGGAAGUAAUAAAAAAAGUGAGCAGCAGACGUUUCAUAGAAGGUUUGUAUCAGGCUCUCUUUUCGUUUCACCUUGCCCACCGGAAUGUUAUUUUUAAGGCGAAACGAAAAUAGAGCCUGAUCUCAGGUUAGAUCUGGACAGGUAUUUUCGCCAUCUGGGAUUUGACCAAACUAUGGUGUGGGAUUCGGGAAAACGCAAAAUAGCUUGACAGGUAACGUGAUUUGACUGCUACCUGGGAAGCGGGAUUCACCAAAAUUUGGGCAUUGGAUGCAGCAUUUUUGCUUGUCUGUCGGAAUUUGGGAAGUCGUAUGUUGUAGCAGCAAUAUGGGAGUUAACCAGCUCCUAUCGGAGCAAGCUGUAGAGGAACGUAGAUAAUGAUUAUAAAAUUGAAACUGUCAACAGAUAAGUGGACAGAAGAUUCACAGGCAGUCAUGUCCAAUACUGGGAUCUUGUGUAAUUUGUGAACCCCUUGAUCAAGACAGGUGGCACUAUUGGCCGAUAGUUCAGUUAACAUGUUGGCCGAUUAUGGUCCACUCUUGAUUGCCAUAUCAGUCGACUGUCAGUAGACAUGUCAAUCGGUAUGUCAGUCUACACUCCACCUAUAUGACAGCCAGUCUUAAUAGGCAAGUUUUGUAUUCCCGACGGCCCUAGGAUGAGCAAGGUUAGUGCGGGUCAACUUCUUUGCAAAAACAAAAACAAACAUAGGCAAUUUGCUGCUGAGUCACUGGAAAACGAUAGAAAUCUUAAAAAUAGUAACAUUUCAAAACUUAAACUUUAUCAGUAAGUCAAAGGGAUACCUGUUGCAAACAACAAAAUUGUGGGAAAAGCUGAUCGUAUACUUAACAGAAGAAAGGAUAAGGCGAUGAACCCAAAAGAAGAAGUAAACUUUUUAAGCUUGAAAAGGGUAAAUUUGUUAAAAUAACAAUAUUUUAUUUCCUUUAAUUAUCUUACUUUUUAGUAUUCUAUUUUACUCUUGUGUAUAUCUGAAAAAUGAAGUUUAAACUGCUCAGUAUAUCGUCUGUAUAAAAUUCUGUGUUUGAGUUCUUGUCGAGUGAAAUGUGCAUACAUUUUUCUUUACGUAACUGAAUAUUUUGAUAAGUUUAAAUAAUGUUAGCUAGAUGAAAGUUUAUGUAUAAAUAAACUUAUACUAUUUUAGUCGUUUUUGUUUAAACUUAUUUAACUUCCUAACAGUGCGAGGAAUUUAUGCAGAACGUCUGCCCUGUCAGUUAAUUUUUUGCAAAAACACAAGAUUUUGCAUUUUAAUUUGCUCCGUAACCAUUCGAAAAAAAUGUCAACUAAAAAGAAGGUCGCAGUUUAACUUGCAGGUUUUUGACAAGUAUGUACACUCCAAUUUAAGGUAUGGCUAAAAGAAGUUUUAACCAUCACUAAAAAUAACAUUAUAAUUGCUUCAGGGUAUUAUCUUGUUUAAGGAUUUUGAAACCAUUUUUGCAUUUUUAUUGAACUCACUCACCGACCACUAUUUAAGUCAAUUUCUGGUUAGGCUCAUUGUUUUUCUUAGUGAUGACAAGCUGAUUUUCGUUUUGCUGUUUGAAACCGAUGAUUUCUCAAUCCUAGGUUUUGAGACCUCCAAAACCUAUCAGUGCUUCAAAUUUUCCUUUUUCUCGGCCAGUCAGCCGCAGUUUUCUCAUGUUUGUUUGUCUUCUUGGUGAAGAAGCAAUAAACAAGCACUCAUCCUAGGCUGCCCAAGAAUAUGAAACUAUCGGUCGACUGUUGGUGGAAUAUUAUAUCGGUCGACUAUUGGUGGCAUAUCGGUCGACUGUCGUAUACAGUAAUAUAAUAUGUGUUUUAAAAUCAGUUCGGGGAAGCUGGGUUUCAGUGUUAUGCACUUCAAAUGUAAUAUUCCUCGUUCUUUCAAGCCAAUACAAACCAAAACAAAAGAAGAGUUAAAUAUUCCUACUUCUGUACAUGUAAAUCAAGAAAAAAUAAGCACACCCCAUUGCCAAUGAAGCCUUCUCUAAAUGGCAAUAAACAGACCAACCACAACUCUUGAGAGUCUGUAUACGAGUUUUGCUAUCUUUACAAUCCGUAUGCAUGAACAAACCACAUAUUCCUAUUUCAAUUAAGGUUGCUUCGGUGAAGAAUGAUGCUUGAUGCGCGAUCCAUGUUUCAUGGCCUACGGUGCAUCAUGGGAUAAGUUUAGUAAAUCAUGAACCUAGACAGCAAACGCAAUUGACGCCACUAUGCUAUGUCAGUUUAACGUUAAGACAGUAUUUCAAAAGACUGAAACAGGGGCCUUUGGCAGUUGCUGCUUUUAAGACAGUGAUUUGGGUUAGGUUUUGUUCUGUGGCCUAAUAUGCAAGUGUUGCAAAUUUUUACUUGUGCGCGUGAGAAUUUUAGAUUGAGUUUUUUAAAACAAAUACAAGGGGUUUGUUGAAUCAGUAUGGGUUUAUUUAUUUUUGAGGCAAAUUUUUUAAAAUUAAAAACAGAAGAUAAAAGAAUAGUGUUGAUUUGUUUCAUUGAAAUAUUCAGCAAUGUGGCCCAGACACAGCUUAAAGAAGCCAUAAAACCCUCUUCAAUUAAUGUGGAGUUGUUAAAGGAAGUGGCUUCUAAUUUCUUUCUGUGAUAUUUUAAAAAUGAAAUUCCUCAGCUCGUUCAUCCUUAAGAAUUUGCUCAGCCGAGUGAGAUGACAGCUCUCUUAAACACUUUUUUCACUUUUUAUUAACACCUUCAAACAAAUUUCAGUUUUAAAUGGCCUCCCGUUCUUCCAAUCAACAUAAACAGGGCUGAACUUCCGGCUACAAAAGGGUCUACCAUAAAGCACCACAGGCUUUGAAGAAUGGAUCAUGCAUCAUGUUCACAAGAACAACCUUAAUUGAAAAAGGUGUCUACUGUCUCUUGCGGCCAUGAAAGUACUGCAAGUCCUACUAAUGAGAUGCCAAUUACGGACUGUACGCAAGUUUUGCGAUCUGUAUGAUCCAUCUAUAGGUGUAUGGAUCGACAAACUGUUUAUCCUCUCAUGCAUGAUGAAAAGUGCUACUAAUAAGAUGCAAUUUAUGGACUGUAAACGGCUCUUUACGGACUAUAAGUGAGUAUGAUCCAUACGAAAUGACAAACCGUAUAAUAAUAACAAUAAUAAUAAUAAUAAUAAUUAUAAUAAUUAUAAUUAUAACAAUUUAUCGACAGUAUUUCUACAUGGUUUGCAUCCGUCAUACUAACUAAAAAUUAACUAACUACACUGUACUUACAUAAUCUUACUAAAAAAUCACUCACUAUUUACAAUUCACUUAAAAACUGUUAAAACUGUAAAAUCGAAAUGAAAAUACUAUAAAUACUUUGAGUAACCAUAACUAGCGCAUGCUGGCCCUACUCUUUAAAAUUGUAAAACAAUUAUUUUUAAGAGUAUUAACGCAGUCCAAAAGAAAAAGUGAAAACCUCUUGAAAACGUACAUUAAUAAAUUAUUGACAAAAGGACAAAAAAAAAAAAAAUCAGUCAAUUUGGCAGGUAAAAGUGAAAUCCUGAAAAUAUUAAAUUAUUUUUCCUUACAAAGCAAGAUCUCUGCCUCACUACCUCACAGGUGGAUCCAGUGUGGAUUGCCCUUUGUAUAAAAAAAAUUGUCUUACAUGUAAUAAUAGAAAGAAAGGCUGAUAAUUUAUCACGAAUUUAUUACAGCAGCAGGUUAUUAAACCAUUUUCCAAUCUGAUAAGUAGCAGGUUGUUGCAUUUUUUUAAUUAACUGAAUGAAAUGAACCUUUGCGACAAGAAUCACUCAAGUGUGAAAGAAGCACUGCAGUGAGCCAUCAUUGAUCAGCAGGCUGCAUGUAAAUAUGCAGAUCGAUGCAAACAAGCAAGAGCCAUAACCCUGAAUGAGUACCUUAUUAUACGAAACAAGAACAUGCUUACAGCGGCAUUCAGGUCCCAGGCGAUUAAUUCUACAAGAAAUACGAGUUACUCACUAAAGGUUUUUUACCUCCUACUUUAUCGAUGUCGAUACGUUUUAUUUGUUUCUGAAUAGAUUUACACUGUAGUAUGAGUGUUAGCGACGCCCAAAAAUACCUCUGCAGUAGCAGCCUAUAUGCAUGUAUAAAUACACAAAAAUUCAAGGGUCUCGCUUCCAGAGAAAUUGCAUCAUUGCCAGAUAUCGAGAAAGUGAUUUACAUGGCAUGUCAUUUCAAUCGCUGGAAAUAAAUUGCAUGCUCAUCACAAGACUCAUUUGCAUACAGUGAAUUAGUUUACAACACCCGACCAUCGCAAUUUUGCUAAUUAAGAUUCUUAUUUUUUUUGACCACUCAGUAGUGUUCACUUGCUCCAAAGUAAUCAACGCUUUCAAGCGAUAGGAUUCGUUGACCGACAUGUUUAAGAAAAGCUCUAAAUUUAAUCUUUCCUAAGCUUUCUUCACAAAACAUGCAUGGCUUCGAUCACACAAAGAUUCUUAGUCCCAGUUUCCACGGUCUCCACAAGGAACGCUUGGCAUAAUGACCUGCCUUUUGUGUCCCAAAAAUUCUGGGGGAUACUUCCAGCACACUUCUUGAAACCUUUACCCUAUUUCAGACCAAAAUCUGUGAUUUUCCCUACCCUAUUUUACACCUGAAGCCCUGGAGCCCGGCACGUGAGUGAAACACAUGACAGGCUUUUACAGCACAUACACGGUAGUUGGCAUAAACAUUAAAAGGGAAAUGAUCUUAUUGCCAAAUGAUGAAGAAGUAGCUAAUUCUUCGAAAAAACAUACCCAAUUCAGGACUAGAGUGCACAAACUGUACUCUACUUCAGACCAAAAUGGUCGAAAUUGAUACCCUAUUUCAGACCAAAACAGCUAAAAGAACAUACCCUUUGGCUCGGCAUACCUAUAUAUAUAGCCUAUAUAAGGGACUACCCCACGAAGCGAAAAAUGCGUUGCAGAUUAUGAGUCUCGCUGCUAAUAUUGGAAAUUAAUGCGGCUUGAAUUAAUGCAAAUUUAUUGGAAAAUGACUUUCAAAUAAUUUAUAAAAUUGAUGUAUGUAAAAGACAGAUCAAGUAACAUUUCAGAAUGAAGCAAAUGUAUGUGACACUCACAGAGAAAAACUUGUUGAGACAAGAGAAAAUGCAAAGUUAAAGAUACAAUCUGAAAAGGAAACUUUGUUCUUGAUACUUUCCCUGUCAUACAACAGACUGUAUGAUACUUGGCUUCAUACCACAGCCUGUAUGAUAGGGCUUCAUACCACAGCCUGUAUGAUACGGCUUCAUACCGCAUUCUGUAUGAUAGGGCUUCAUACCACAGCCUGUAUGAUAGGGCUUCAUGUCACAGCCUGUAUGAUAGGGCUUCAUACCACAGCCUGUAUGAUAGGGCUUCAUACCACAGCCUGUAUGAUAGGGCUUCAUAUCACAGCCUGUAUGAUAGGGCUUCAUACCACAGCCUGUAUGAUAGGGCUUCAUACCACAGCCUGUAUGAUAGGGCUUCAUACCACAGCCUGUAUGAUAGGGCUUCAUAUCACACCCUGUAUGAUAGGGCUUCAUAGCACAGCCUGUAUGAUAGGGCUUCAUAGCACAGCCUGUAUGAUAGGGCUUCAUAGCACAGCCUGUAUGAUAGGGCUUCAUAGCACAGCCUGCAUGAUAGGGCUUCAUACCACAGCCUGUAUGAUAGUGCUUCAUAGCACAGCCUGUAUGAUAGGGCUUCAUACCACAGCCUGUAUGAUAGGGCUUCAUACCACAGCCUGUAUGAUAGGGCUUCAUACCACAGCCUGUACGAUAGGGCUUCAUAUCACAGCCUGUAUGAUAGGGCUUCAUACCACAGCCUGUAUGAUAGGGCUUCAUACCAUAGCCUGUAAGAUAGGGCUUCAUACCACAGCCUGUAUGAUAGGGCUUCAUACCACAGCCUGUAUGAUAGGGCUUCAUACCACAGCCUGUAUGAUAGGGCUUCAUACCACAGCCUGUAUGAUAGGGCUUCAUAUCACAGCCUGUAUGAUAGGGCUUCAUAUCACAGCCUGUAUGAUAGGGCUUCACACCACAGCCUGUAUGAUAGGGCUUCAUAACACAGCCUGUAUGAUAGAGCUUCAUAUCACAGCCUGUAUGAUAGGGCUUCAUACCACAGCCUGUAUGAUAGGGCUUCAUACCGCAUUCUGUAUGAUAGGGCUUCAUACCACAGCCUGUAUGAUAGGGCUUCAUACCACAGCCUUUAAGAUAGGGCUUCAUACCACAGCCUGUAUGAUAGGGCUUCAUACCACAGCCUUUAUGAUAGGGCUUCAUAGCACAGCCUGUAUGAUAGGGCUUCAUACCACAGCCUGUAUGAUAGGGCUUCAUACCACAUUCUGUAUGAUAAGGCUUCAUACCACAUUCUGUAUGAUAGGGCUUCAUAUCACAGCCUGUAUGAUAGGGCUUCAUAACACAGCCUGUAUGAUAGGGCUUCACAGCACAGCCUGUAUGAUAGGGCUUCAUACCACAACCUGUAUGAUAGGGCUUCUUACCACAUUCUGUAUGAUAGGGCUUCAUACCAGAGCCUGUAUGACAGGGCUUCAUACCACAGCCCGUAUGAUAGGGCUUCAUACCACAGCCUGUAUGAUAGGGCUUCAUACCACAGCCUGUAUGAUAGGGCUUCAUAUCCCAGCCUGUAUGAUAGGGCUUCAUAGCACAGCCUGUAUGAUAGGGCUUCAUACCACAUUCUGUAUGAUAGGGCUUCAUACCACAGCCUGUAUGAUAGGGCUUCAUAUCACAGCCUGUAUGAUAGGGCUUUAUACGACAGCCUGUAUGAUAAGGCUUCAUACCACAGCCUGUAUGAUAGGGCUUCAUACCACAUUUUGUAUGAUAGGGCUUCAUAGCACGGCCUGUAUGAUAGGGCUUCAUAUCACAGCCUGUAUGAUAGGGCUUCAUACCACAGCCCGUAUGAUAGGGCUUCAUACCACAGCCUGUAUGAUAAGGCUUCAUACCACAGCCUGUAUGAUAGGGCUUCAUAUCACAGCCUGUAUGAUAGGGCUUCAUAGCACAGCCUGUAUGAUAGGGCUUCAUACCACAGCCUGUAUGAUAGGGCUUCAUAGCACAGCCUGUAUGAUAGGGCUUCAUACCACAGCCUGUAUGAUACGGCUUCAUACCACAGCCUGUAUGAUAGGGCUUCAUACCACAGCCUGUAUGAUAGGGCUUCAUAUCACAGCCUGUAUGAUAGGGCUUCAUAGCACAGCCUGUAUCAUAGGGCUUCAUACCACAGCCUGUAUGAUAGGGCUUCAUAGCACACCCUGUAUGAUAGGGCUUCAUACCACAUUCUGUAUGAUAGCGCUUCAUAUCAGAGCCUGUAUUAUAGGGCUUCAUACUACAGCCUGUAUGAUAGCGCUCAAUCAAAGAAACCUGGCCACUUUCAGGGUUCUUCAUGGUUUCACUGUGACUGGUGGAUCUCCACCCUGAGAAAAUACUCCUCUUUCUCAGGUUUCAAGAAUGUCAGAAGUGUAAAUUAAGGUCGCGGAAGUUGAUGCUCCACUUUAAUAACAGCACAGAAAUAUAAUUUCAAGAAAUUAAUGCAAAGCAAAGCUUUUAAAUUUUUGUUAAUAUAAUUUCAUGGGGCAUUAAUUUCCUACGUGUAUGAUGAGGUUAUAAUGAGGUAAACUAGUUUGUUAUAACAGUGACCUUUAUGAAGCCAAGCAGAGAAGCCAAGAUUCGAUCACCGAGAAUAUCUCGAUUUUAUUUCAGCAACUAAGAAGUUUUCAGUGACUUUGAAAUUUCACUAAAAUGCUUAGCAAUGAUUAAACUCUCAAAGAAUCAAACAGAAAAGAGGAUGCCUUUUUUGGCAGAAAAGGUAAUGAAAACUGAAGAGUAACAAUAUUAAUAACCCUACCAAUGAUUCUUGUGUGCCAUAUGGUUGUGAAAAAGUCUAAAUAUUAACGGGAGGUUUUGCGUAUUUAUUUCUGUUACUGCUGACAGCUUUCGCAAGCCUUGUUUGAAGCUGAACUGCACAACCAGAGGAAGUUCAUGAACGGCAAAGUUACAUCAAGAGCAUAUGAACAGCUUACACCACAAGAAAUCAGGGACCUCAAGCUGGUUUUUGAUGUGUUCGAUACAGAUAAAAGUGGGUUAGUGGUUGUUCUAUUGAUCACCCUUCAUUAAGCAAUCACUUGCCAAGGAACUUAUCCUCAGAUUAGAUAUUGUAAAAGUGACCUCUAUCAUGCGGUCAUGGCUUGUAGAGUGACAGGGAAGCUCUGUAUCCAUGAGACUCAUCCCAUUGGGGGUACUACCAUAUACGAGCGAUAUAGGUAUGUGCCGCUGCGAAAGGUAUGGUUUUCAAGCAGUUUACUCUGGGAUAGGGUAUAUAAAUCAGAGAGUUUGGGUCUAGAAGAGGGUAUCAUUUUCCAUUUAGACUGAACCAUUGGCUGAAGAUUUUAGUCUAGACUAAGGAAACUGGGAAUUACCACUCAAGAAUAUAAAA